CGUUUCUGUUGAGACAUGCAUUGUUGAGUGUUCAGAAUUCAGCAGUGACUCCAGUCUUCUUAAACACACGAGUCACGGAUAAAAGCAACGCUUCUCUGAAACAGUCCACAUUUAUAGGCGUUAUAACUCGGGCACUUAUGGUCAGGCUCCCUGUGAGGACCUCUCAGUCCAGCAUGGCUGCGCCCGGCGGGACUCUGAACUGUGAGGACUUUUCAAUGUUUCAGGAGGUGCUAAAAGCGAUGCGCAACAUUGACGACCGGAUUGUCCAUGCGCUCAACACCACUGUGCCCACUGCAUCCUUCUCAGGCAAAGUGGACGCUUCUCAGACCUGCAGAGAGCUCUAUGAGUCCCUGUUGGAGGCUCACCUCAGUAGAGAUAAGGCAAUAAAGGCAUGUAUUACAGAAACCUCAGCUGUCGUCGCACAGUUACGUGAAGAGAGGGCGAAGGACGGUGACAACCUGUCCAUCAUCAAGCAACUCAGGAAAGAGCAAACCAAGUUAAAACUCAUGCAGUCUGAGCUGAACGUUGAAGAAGUUGUCAACGACCGCAGUUUGAAGGUUUUCAGUGAAAGGUGUCGAAUCCACUACAACCCUCGCCAGUCCAAGUGAAUUCCUGUUUAUUUUAUGAGAGAUGCAUAGUGUUCACACACAAAUGACUAUGGGACACAGCUGGAUGCAGUCCGGGACAUUGCUGCCCCCCAGUGGCCCCUCGAAGCCCCCCGUCCCUGGUUAGCUGUGUUAUACUGUUCUACAGUAAUGCAAAAAAACCUGCUGUCCUCCUCUCUUGUCUUCAAACAGCUGUUGUACAAAAUGGAUUUUAUAAACAAUUGUUUUUCCAGUGGCCAA